AAAAUAAUAGAAAGAAAUUGCAUCCACAUAGGUAAAAGUCUGUCGGUCGCUCGACUGGUUGGUUCUAGUUGGUCAAGCUUACGUAAUUUCAGCGAUAGAUUCAAUACAAUUUGAAUCUUUAAAUAUAACAUCGACUGGAGAUCAAAGUGCCGGGCUAGGUUUUACGAGCAAGGAAGUGCAUUCGUUCGGGGAAUGAGCGUCGCGAACGGUAGCGUGAUUGUUCAGUGCUGUUAAUUUAGACGAAUCAUUUCCUGUCUGUGCCGUGCAAGAAUUGCCCUUUAGCGCUAUCGAUUUUGGUGCUACACUAGCGGUCACGUAAUCGGAGAAACAUCGGAAACAAUCCAGAAGGACCUAACAACCUAGCGAAAUGUUUGCAGUUUGCAAAAGCGGUGGAGCGCUGAUCACCAGUGUCCAAAGGUAUGGUGUGCGCUGUAUCGGCUCGAUCGUUCCUGAAAACAAACUGUCGGAGUUCCCACUCAUCAAUGAGCCGGUACUGAGCUACAAGAAAGGUUCAAAGGAGCGCAAAGAACUCGAAGCAGCAUUGAAAAAGACCGCUGACAAAACGGAGGAUGUUCCGAUUAUCAUUGGUAGCGAGGAGUUCCGAACGAAUUCCGUCCAGCACCAGGUGAUGCCGCAUAAUCACAGCAAAAAGAUAGCGAAGUUUUACUGGGCUGAUAAGAAGCUGGUGGAGAAGGCCAUUAAAACCGCAACGGAAACGCAGGUCAAAUGGGAUCGAACACCAGUAGCCGAGCGUAUCAAAAUCUGGCAGAAGGCGGCCGAUCUUAUGGCUGGCCCAUACCGACAGGAACUGAAUGCCGCAACCAUGCUCGGACAGGCGAAGACUGUGAUCCAAGCGGAAAUCGAUUCCGCUGCAGAACUGAUAGAUUUUAUUAGAAUGAAUACAUUCUAUUUGAAAGAAGCCUCGAAGUACCACCCCAUUAGCGAAAAUAUGAAAGUGACGAAAAACUCCAUGCGAUUCCGGGGUAUUGACGGAUUUAUAGCAGCCGUCAGUCCGUUCAACUUUACUGCGAUCGGUGGCAACCUUGCAUACACACCGGCUUUGAUGGGAAAUGGAGUUUUGUGGAAACCAUCGGAUACCGCACUGCUGUCUAACUACAUCAUCUUUAAAAUUAUGCGUGAAGCCGGCGUCCCCCCAGGUGUCGUCAACUUCAUUCCAACCGAUGGUCCAGUAUUUGGUGAUACGAUUACCGCAUCGCCGCACCUUGCCGGUAUCAACUUUACUGGCUCAGUACCCACCUUCAAUCGAUUGUGGCGUCAAGUAGGGGAAAACAUUAACAACUACAUCAAUUUCCCACGACUGAUUGGCGAGUGCGGUGGCAAGAAUUACCACUUCAUCCAUCCAUCGGCCGACGUCGAGUCGGUUGUGAAUGGAACGAUCCGCUCGUCGUUUGAAUUUUGUGGUCAGAAAUGCUCCGCUUGCUCCCGAAUGUACGCCCCGGAGUCGCUGUGGCCUAAAAUUAAGGAGGGACUCGUUAAGGUUCGUGAUACCUUAAAGAUUGGUGAUGUUACCGAUUUCAGCAGCUUCACAUCGGCUGUUAUUGACGAUAAGGCAUUUAAGCGGAUCAAAUCGUAUAUUGAUCACGCAAAGAGCUCGAAAAACUUGGAAAUUAUAGCCGGUGGCAAAUGUGAUGAUAGCAAGGGCUACUUUAUCGAGCCGACGAUUGUCCAAUCGAGCGACCCGCUCGAUAAGAUCAUGGUUGAAGAAAUUUUCGGCCCGGUGCUGAGUGUAUAUGUGUACAAAGACAAAGAUCUAGAUCAGGCGAUGAAGCUGGUUGGAGGCUCCACGAAGUUUGCCCUGACUGGAGCAGUUUUCUCGAAGGAUGAGGCGUUCCUGAAACGUGCUAUGGAAGAGUUCAAAAUGACUGCUGGUAAUUUCUAUGUAAAUGAUAAAUCUACCGGUUCGGUUGUAGGUCAGCAACCGUUCGGAGGCGGCCGAAUGUCUGGAACCAAUGACAAGGCCGGCGGUCCGCACUACGUACUGCGAUGGUCAACACCACAGUCCAUCAAGGAAACCUUUGUCCCACUGAACGAAGUCGACUACCAGUACAUGCGCGAAUAAGCAGUACCGGUACUACCAGUUGUGAACUUUUGUGAUUAAUUCAUCGGCGUAAUACGCCAAUCAAGCGUUUCCUACUUUAUGGCUUUACCUGAUUCAACAUUAUUAGUUUAUUUCAAAAAGGCUUGCCGUUUGAUCCAUAUGUUUCAAUUGAAGACCCAUUCAAAGAAUUUGUCGAAUCUUUUUUCGCUUCCCGUCUCGAAGCAUCGCGUUCUGUAGCUUUACUCCGUACUAAUCUCGUCACCUUUCACAAGCAAAAAUCGUAUCACCUUUACCCGUUGUGGUAGAAAUUGCACCAAAUCAAUAUUAAUUCAGGAGGCCAACCAAAUGCUACUUUACAGUUUAAGUAGAUCUGUUAGUAAUAAUAUUUUAAUCUUUAUCAUUUCCUUGAUGCUUGAAGCCCAGCUUGUUGGAAAAUAUUUGUUGAUUUUGUUUUUAUUACUAAUUGUUUUUUUUCUUAGAAAAUAAAACUAAAUAGAAACCGAACAUGAAUAGGCAGACAUUAUCAAACAACACUAACAAUUUUACCAUUGACAAUAUGAUGAUAUGAUUAGAAGAUCCGAUGUACUAUGAGUGUGGUUGAGUAAAAUCAUUUUUGAACAAAAAGAAUAAAAUAUCAAACCAUAAACAGGCUAUACCAAAAUCGCGCAAUAUAUUUGAAACAAACUAGCCAUUAUAGUAGGGCUGCAAUACCAUACAUGUGUCCCAAUUACAACGUAGCUGGUACAGGAAUAAAAUAGUCAACCGCAACGUACAGUUUACUAAUGACGAUUAGGUUUGUCUUUUAACCAGCUAUAUGAAAAAUAAAACUUAUUAACAAUGUACAUGAAAGAAACAAUAAAUAAUUCUGUUGCGUACGCAGUGUUUAGAAAGCCACACAAGUUAUUUUAUGUCAUGCUGUAUUAUUGCAUCUCUCACUGAAUGCUUAAAGUACGCAAACAAUCUGAUGAGAACGGUCGAAAUUUUUUGAAAAUGCUGUAAAAUUAUAAAAGAAAAAACAGUUUAGUUAACUACUGUGUAGUGGACAUAUAUCGCAGAAUUGACCUUUUCUUGGCAAGAAGUUGCUGAAUUCAUCAAAUUGGCUCUAGAUAUGUCCGCUAUUCAACCGAUCCUUUGGCGUAUGUGAAGGAAACGUGAACAGGUCAAACUGAGAUAAUUAUUAGUAGAUAAGAUGACACGGAAAUCUAGUUAAUAAAUGUUUAAAUUAUCCUA